AUGAAUAACCCCCUGGAAUCUAUAGAACAAACGAAGAUCUUGUAUUCUGAUCUUCUAAAUGUCAGGAAUGUUGAACAAGAUGAAAGUGGGCAUUGUGAAAAUGAUGUUGUUAAUCCAGCUCGAGCUAAUGUGGAAGAACAAACAAAUGCUUGGAGAAGGAAAGAAAAUAUCAAAGUUUCUGACUUGGAACUGGGCAACUUUUUGUCUGAUGAUGGCAUGGGGUGGAUUUUAUGUUCUUUUCCUGAAGCUGAUCAAAUGGAAGCAGUUAUGUCGAAUGGGCCAUAUUUUGUCAACGGAAAAAUAAUAGGGAUGGACAAGUGGUCACAUAAUUUCUCUCCUACUUCACUGAAAGGGUUGACAGCACCAAUUUGGAUCCAUCUUCCAAACCUUCCACUUCAUUGCUGGGACAACAUAAAUAUAUGUAGAAUUGCUUCAAUGGUUGGAAAACCAUAUCUAAUAGAUGGAAACAUGUUCCAAUGGGGACGGAGAGAAUUUGGAAGGGUUUAUGUACGAAUAAAUUUGGAUGCUAAGCUUCCACUAGGAGUUUGGGUGGAAGGCUAUUAUGGAAGAUUCUAUCAAAAGAUAGAGUAUGAAAGGGUUCCUAGUUUUUGUUUCAAUUGUGGUCUUAUUGGCCAUAGCAAGGAACAAUGCAGAAAUUCAGAUGAAGUUCCCAUCAGUCAAGAGAAUAGGAAUAUCACAUAA